AUAUGAUCUGACCAUCAGGUAAUCCGUGCUAUUGCACUUAUUGCCGAUUGUUAUGAUGCAACCCCGAUAAAGUUGUAUGUGAUCAGAUAUUCAGAUUACCUUAGCACAUCAAACCUAUAAAUCGAAAAUAAAUGUAGAAUUUGAUAUGACACUAGUUAUUUAGAAGCUUUGGUACCUUCGUUGAAUCGAUGUAUGGGUAACGUGAUGUUUUACUUUCUCCCGGAAUAUUCUUAGUAGUUGGCAGGCAACCUAAAAUCAACGACAGUGGAUAUCUCAUGUUUGGACGACGCAGAAAAUUAAAAUUGAGGGACGAUGAUAAUUAUGAAGAGUGAAAAAAUGGCGUGGAAAAGGCCGUUAGAAGAAGGCAAACAGCAUAGAAGGCUGAAAAGCACUAAACCAAUUAAUAAGUUGGUCCAUUUUAUACAAUAAUAGAAUAGUAUACAUAGUACUUAAUAACAAACCGACCAAAGAUUUGUUCCCUCCUUUUUCUAACCUCUAGUCCUCAACUCAUAUAUAUACUCAUAUACUAUAUGCUCAUAACUCUCUCCAUUAAAAACUACUUGAUCACAAAAUUCGCUCAUAAAACAAAAUCACAAACUACAUUCUUAAUCUUCGAUUACAUCUUCUCGUAGCAUUUUUUGAAGGCGCUAUUACCAUUUGCAGUAGAGAUAACUUUUUUGAUAUACUUCACAAUCUGGAUAUGAAUUUCACUGGAUAUUCAAUCAAGAAUUUAGAGAUAUUAUUGGAUUUGUUUGGUGCUGCUCUUUUCUAGACAAUACUUUUGUUCAUUCGUUCUGACAGCAGUUGGAUGGCACUUUUAUGUUGAUUUGUAAUUAUUUUUCCAACACAUCUGUAACUUCAAAUUUUGUUAUUGACUAUUUUAUGGCAUCUGUCCAUUAUUUGUAACACCAGCAGAAUGCAUUUACUCUAAAUAAUCAAAGCUCGUUUUUGGUAUUGUUGAUGUGCAACUUACUUAGCAUUGCUAUAAUUUGAAUUUGAUUUUAUAAUGUAUAUCUAGACACUUCUCCUGGAUUUGAUGAAAAAUUUGCAGAUGCCAUCCAGCUAUUACCGCGUUCAAUUCAGGGAAACAAGAGACCACAUUUGAAUAAUUACCUGCUGGUUGUCGUGCUUGCAUACUUUAACUCUACAUGGAAAACUUGGCAGUGCUGGAAGCAUUGUGUGAGGGACUUUACAGCUCACACGACUCAGCCGAGCGAGCUAAUGCUGAGAACAUGUUCAAGCAGUUCUUUCAGGAUCCCAACUUCAUUUCGCAGUUGGAAUACGUACUUGAAAAUGCAAAAAAUCCAUAUGCUGUUUAUUUUGCUAGUUCAAGCUUGUUGAAGCAUGUCACUGAUAAUAAUCCUCCUUCGCAGCUACAGCUUCAAAUUCGCAACCGUGUUAUAAACUAUCUGGCCACUAGAAGUGCUGAUUUGGAGAAUUUUGUAACGACUUCAUUGAUUCAACUUGUAUGUCGAUUGACAAAAAUUGGUUGGUUUGGUGAUGGUAAAUUUCAAGAGUUCAUUAGUGAUUCUGUGAAGUUCUUGAAUGAGCCUGAAUCCUCUUGUUAUGCAAUCGGUUUGAAGAUGUUGAACCAGCUUGUGAGUGAGAUGAAUCAGCAAACUCCAGGAUUUUCUGUAAUACAACAUCGGAAGGUGUCAACCAAGUUCAUAGAUCAGGCACUUCUUGAAAUUUAUUCAAUAUCCCUUACAUCAUUGAUUGGAGUAAAAAAUAAUGUUCAACAGAAGUUGCAGGAGUUGGCUCUUUCACUUUCUCUGCAAUGUUUAUCUUUUGAUUUUAUGGAAACGUCAGAUAAUGGAAGUUCGGAUGAUGUUAGUGCAAUUCAGCUUCCAACUCGCUGGAGAUCAGUCAUUGAGGAACCCUCAACACUACAGAUAUAUUUUGACUAUUAUGACUAUCAUGCUGGCACCAUUCCUCCUGUUUCAAAAUUAGCUUUGGAGUGUCUUGGACGCUUGACACUGGUUAGAAGAUCCUUGUUUACAAGCUAUGGCACACGUGGGGAGUUCUUAACUGCAUUGAUGACGGGCACUAAGUAUAUCAUGCAAACAGAAUAUGGUCUUAAUCAUCAGGAUAAUUACCAUGAGUUUUGCCGUCUCAUUGGGAAUUUUAAAGUGAAUUAUGAGUUACAAGAUAUUGUUUGCGUUGAAGACUACAGUGCAUGGAUAAGCAUGGUUUCAGACUUCACGCUGAAGUCUCUGGAGUCCUGGAAGUGGACAAGCAGCAGCGUUUACUAUAUUCUAGGACUGUGGACGAAAAUGGUGACAUCUGUAAUAGAUUUGAAAAAUUGCCCUGCAAACUUGUCCCUCGAUGAGCAUGUGCCAUUGAUUGUGGGAAGGUUUAUUUCUUCACGGGCUGAGGCACUACAGGCUGGGUUCGUAGACGAUCUUUCAGAAGAUCCUCUAGACAAGGUUGAGCUAAUGGAGGAUCAGCUUGAUUUCUUACCAUAUCUUUUCAGAUUUCAGUAUCGCGCUUGCAGUAACUACUUGAAAUAUAUAAUGGACCCUGUAUUACAAGAAUAUGUGGAUGGCGUGAUGCUCCAGGAUUACGUAACUAGUAGCAACGUUUCUGUAGUCGAGACCACUCUUGCAUGGCUGGUGCAUAUAGUGGGUUCCAUUAUGAGAAUGAAGGGAUAUCCUGGUGGCCAAUCAAAUGAAGUGAUUGAUGCAGAACUUGUAGCACGUAUUUUGAAGUUAAUAAAUGUCAUGUAUACUGGAUCUUAUGUACAGAGGUACGGUGAACUCAGCAGGCAGAGGCUUGAACUUGCAUUUCUCAGUUUCUUUCAAAGCUUUAGGAGAACUUACGUGGGAGACCAUGCCGCCAUAUCUUCUAAGCAGCUGUAUGUUGAGUUGUCUGAACUCCUUGGGAUACAUAAUCAUGUGGAUUUUUUGAUUCUCAUGGUUCGGAAAAUCAUCCAGAAUCUGAAGUUCUCAGAGAACGUGGAGGUUCUGGAUAAUACAUUAGUUCUGUUCUUGGAGACUGCAGCUGGAUAUAUGACGAGGAAAGCUAUCUUAAAUAUGGGUAUUAUACAGGAUAUGAUAGUGCACCACAGUAUACAGGAAUUUCUUUUCCUGAAAAACUACAAUUCUCGUAGAAGAACCACUUUCUAUUUCGCUAUCGGUUCUUUGUUGUUUGCGGAAGAGAGCAUUGACAAGUUUAAGCAGUCAAUGGAUUGUUUUCAAAAGGUUUUUGUCAACCUUGAGUCCCUCCCUCCCUCAAUGUCUCGGGAUGAAACUGUAAAAGUUGCAUUAAUUGGGCUGAUGCGGGAUCUCCGAGGCAUUGCAAUGGCCACACCCAGUCGCAAGGUAUAUGGGUUUCUUUUUGAUUGGCUAUAUCCGGCACAUAUGGCGUUUCUUCAAAAGGCUAUUGCCACUUGGGCUGACAGUCCAGAGGUGACAAUCGCGGUGUUGAAAUUUGUUGCAGAGCUGGUAUCGAAUAAAUACCACCGCCUAAAGUUUGACAUAUCAUCUCCUAAUGGCAUACUGCUUUUCCGGGAGGUUAGCAAGUUGCUUGUUGCUUAUGGAUCUAGAAAUGUCACUCUUUCUUGUGAAAAGGAUGUCUACAGGACCAAGUACAAAGGAAUAUGGAUUUCUCUUGCCAUUUUCACAAAAGCAAUUGUCGGCGAGUAUGUCACUUUUGGGGUUUUUGAAUUAUAUGGUGACAAGGCCCUUGAUGAUGCUCUUGAUAUUGCUAUGAAGAUGAUUCUCUCAGUUCCUCUGACUGAUUUAUUAGCAUUUAAGAAGGUUUCCAAGGCUUACUUUGGUUUUAUAGAUGCUAUAAUCGACAAGCUUAUUAAUGUAACUUUCAACCUUGAAGGAACUACUUUCAAGUUCAUUAUCAGAUCUCUUUAUUCUGGCCUACAGCUUCUAGAUCCACCCCUUUUAUUGCAGUGUGCUAAUAUAAUUGAUCAUUUGGCAACCUUCUAUUUUGAUCACAUUAUUAUGGGUGAAUCACCCGCUUCACCAGCUCUAGUUAAUUUUGCUCAGCGUAUUUUAGAAUGUGCUGAUAUCUUUCUAGAGAUGUUGAAGGCCAUCUUCGAUAUAUAUUUGUUUGAACACUUCCCCAACCAAUUGUCUCUUAGCAGACCUAUGCUCAGCUUGAUUCUCCUAAAUGAAGAAACGUACGCAGAAUUUAAAACUCAAGUAAUAGCAUCACAGCCCGUGGAUGAACAGCUGCGCGCUCUUGACUUGUUUGAUAUGCUUAUGCGAGAUGUAAAUCGAGGUUUAGAUAGAGCUAACAGAGAAAGGUUCAAUCACAACCUUGCAGAGUUCAAGAAAGAAUUCACUGGAAAGUCGGUUUGUUUGGAGCAUACUGAUGUCGAAACGAUGAACUAGUGUUCAUGUGUAUAUAAGUCGUGCUAGCCUGUGAACCUACCUGUACAUUAUUCCUGUUUGUAAAUGUUUAGGUUUUUGUGUCUUCAAAUUCAAAUAUAAUCACUGAAGAACAGCUGUUACAGGAGGACAAAUCUUUUUGUUAUCAAAAUUCAAAAGAAUAGCAUACUAA